UCCAGCUGCAGCAGCAUCAGCACCAGCAGCACCUGCAGCUCCGGGAUGAUGAGAUCCGCCCUGCUAGUCCUGGCUCUGACAGCAGUCAGCAAUGGCAUCCUCCCCGAGAUCGCGGACUCGGGCAUCAGCCACAUCCUGCAGGUCCCGACCGAGGCGGAGCAGCUGCAGGAUCCGCAGCAGCAGCCCGAGGAUGCGCUUCCCCAAACAAACGAGAGUGUCAACAAUCCUCACAAAAACCUGACUCAGAGUCACCAAAACGAAACGGCUCCUGACAGGGUGAUUCAUGGGGAUCCAGUCCACUCCAUAGCAGAGCAGGAGACAAGGAACAGUGAACUGGGGAACAGCAUUGAUCAUGGAUGCAUCAGUGAUGACGAGUGUGGCAAGGGACGGUACUGUCUUCAGGCCACACACAACCCCAGGUGUAAGCCCUGUAAAGAAACUGAUUUGUCCUGUACUAAGGACGUGCAGUGCUGUGGCGAGCAGCUGUGUGUGUGGGGUCAGUGCAGCCAAAAUGCAACCAAGGGAGAGGCUGGCAGCACGUGUCGGUACCAGACUGACUGCAGCUCAGACCUCUGCUGUGCCUUUCAUAAAGCCUUGCUCUUCCCUGUUUGUAUGGCUAAACCCAUUGAGCGCGAGAGCUGCUUCAGCGCCUCCAACCACCUGAUGGAGCUGUUGUCGUUGGAUACACAGGACGAGGGACCCAGGAAAUAUUGUCCCUGUGCAGGUGAUCUCCACUGUCAGCAUCUGGGGAGAGGGUCCAUGUGCCUGCAAGGAGAGGACUCCAGUGAAGAGGACCUGACAGACUCGCUGUACUCAGAGAUCGACUACAUACUUUAAUAAACAGCUUGGCAUAACUCACAAUAACUUAACAGCAUGACAGGGAUCUCAAGUGGUUUGUGGGCUUUUACACACAAUCACUUAGCUUUCUAUUUCCAAGCUUAAUCCAAAGUUGUAAAGCAUUAAGAGCAUGGAUGAAAAUAUGCAAUUUCACUGCAUUUUUAUGUAUUUAUUUUAUGUACGGUAGGUUUAAAAUGCAUCUGAAUAUAUAAACCAAUAUGACUCUGGACACAGAAUAUCUGUAAAUGACUCACCUUGCAAUGUACUUAUCAGUCUGCAGGUUAUUGACCCGGUUUGCAGCAUUGUUGCAUUUGCUGUGAAGUGAAUUCGACCAAGCACCAAAACAGUCAGCAUGUUGUUGCACCCACGCUCUUCUGUAGAUGUGUUACUAUGGGUUUGUGUGGUUUCUUGGUUUCUGUUGUUCCUAAUUCUGGUAGUUUUUAGAUUAUUGCAUCCAAAAAUGCAAACAUGUCAACAUCUUGGGGAGAAAGCGUUUUGGCUGACAAAGUAUUUGGCAAGCUGUCAAAUACAGCCAUUUGUUUCCCUCCAGUAUCUUUUAGCUGUGAUUUGUGUGUGUGUGAAAACCCACUGCAUGUUACUAAAUAUAUGGCUGCUAAAAAAAAACAUAUGCAGUUGAGUUUUCCCUCUGUAUUUCUAGUGUGUAAUUUGUUUUACCAUUUAGAUUUUUUUGGUAGCCGGUGUGUGACAUGUCAUAAAAAGUCCGACCGACACCCCAAAAUCACAGUAAACGGCCUAUUUUGAACAACCUUUUGCGCAAACAUCUGAAUCAAUCAGAAAACCUGUCUCCUUUGAAAUAACUUCAGUCCUAAAAUCUGCUCAGUAACAUCAGGAAGAGAAGGGCAGAUUAUUUGAUUUAAUGAAAUACAAGCUGAAUCCCCUUACCACUACUGUUUAGAUUUGACCAACUGUGUAUCUUCUUCUUUCCCUUUCAGCAAGUCAUCUGUCUCCAUCUAUCCCUUUCCCCUGCAUCCUUUUCUCUUACACCAACCAACCUCAUGUCCUCCUUCACCCAUAUGUCCCCUCUAUGGUUUUCCUCUAGGCCUCAUGCCUGGCAGUUCCCACCUUAGCAUCAUUUUCCCUAUAAAUUCCCUAACCCUCCUCUGUAUAUGUCCAAACCAUUUCACUCUGGCCUUUAUCUCCAGAACAUCAUCCCCCCGAUCAUAUCCAUACUUGUAAUUCCCAAAGAGAAACUCAACAUUUUCAUUUCUGCUACCUCUAGCUCUGCCUCCUGUCCCGUCUUCAGUGGCACCGUCUCUGAACCAAACAUUGCUGGUUUCACCAGUCUUGUACACCUUUCCCUCCAUUCUUGCUGAUACUCUGUCAAACAUCACUCCUGACACUUUUUCUCCACCCGUUCCAACCUGCGUGCAUUCAUUUCUUGACCUCUUUUCCAUUGCUCUGGACUGUUGACCACAAGUGCGUAAAAUCCUCCACCUUCUUUACAUUUUCUCCCUGUGACCUCACUGUUCCACUUGCGUUCUUCUCAUUCACACACAUGUAAUCAGUCUUGCUGCGGUUAGCCUCCAUACCUCCACCUCUCCAGAUUUUUCUACAGCUGCUCCCUGCUCUCACUACAGAUCCCAAUGCCAUCUGUAAAUAUCAGUCCAUGGAGAUUCCUGUCCGACUUCAUCUGUCAGUCUUUCCAUCACCAUAGAAAAACAAGGGGCUCAUGGCCAAUCCUUGGCACAGUCCCAUCUCCAUGUCGAACUCCUCUGUCACACCUACGGAUUAACUCACCGCCAUCUUGCAGCUCCCUUACAUGUCCCGCACCGCCAACAUACUUCUCUACCACUUCAGACUUCCUCAUACAUUACCAUAGCUCCUCUCUCAGUAUCUGUCAUAUGUUUUUUCUAGAUCUACAAAGACAAAAUAAAGCUCCCUCUGGCUGUCUCUGUAGUUCUCCAUCAACGUUCUGUACUACAGGUGCAGUAGUACUCUUUCUUGGUAUGAAACCAUACUGCUGCUCCCUAAAGCUCACUUCUGUCCUUAGCCUAGAGUGUAUAUGGAUAUACAAUUAAAUAAAAACGUUGUGUUUGAGAGCUGCUUGAAGUGACUGCCAAUUAAAAAUUCUAACACAACCGUGUCAAUUUAUUUGUAGCACCUUCGGUCCUGUUAACAUUCAAAACAGUGAUACAGAUUUGCUGGAUACGUUGACAUCAUAGACCCAC